UUUUACUAAAAAAACGUGUUCCGAAAUGUUCAUAUUAUAAAGUUAUCACCAUAUUAUUAGGAUUUAAAACUAAAGUUGAGUAGAAACCAUACUAGAUGUCGCUGCCAACUGCUCCAAUUUAUUUCUUGACAAUCAAAUGUCAUUAGACCAUCUCGCUCAUCUUCCUUCACGCAUCCCGCUCGCACAAACUAAAACAAUUAAAUUCAUAAUCACAAAAAUUACGUAUGUGCAUUAAACAUAAGUGUUGUUCUGAGAGUAAAUAUCAACAAGGCUCAAAAAUGGUGUAAAUUAGCGUAUGCGUUAUGGAUCUUUCGAUCUUUUAGCGCUCGAAGUGCUAAACAAUAAGUCAUCAUAACAAGGUAACGAAGAUGUUCUUGUAAAACAAAAGGCGUCCUUCACACAUUAGUGAGGCUCAUUUGUUUGAAUUAGUUAUCUGAACACGCCCCCGAUAAAGAGGUGAUUACUGGUAUCAUGUAAGUACAGCACUCGGUUCCCCGCUCACAUUUAACACAGGUGGUGGUCGCUUAUAAUACCUAACUUUCCGGACAGGGAUUAACUAAGCUUACUAAUUUAAGCUCGACAUGGCUAAUACCAAGAUUGGACGUAAAAAGAAUAAAGAUGAUAAAUCAACAGGUAAGCGAAUGAAGAAGACGAUGAGACUUGAAGAAGUUGAGGAAUUGAAGUUUUUAUCCCAUGAAGAAAGAUUACAGUAUCUUAUUAAAAAUGGUCACUUAAUUAAAGACGAAAUUUUUAAUGAUGCGGCGUUAAAGAAAAAUAGUUUGAAAAGGGAAGCAUUGGUCAGAAAACCUCGAGCUAAAAAUGACAAACUCAUAUCAAAAACUGGAAAACUUAAAAAUAGAAAUAAGCACAUUAAGUACAUGGAUUCUAUUUUAAUGAGUGAACUGCUUAUUAAGCAAGCUCCUAGAGCUAAGAAAAAAACCAGUGGAGAUAACAAUAAUGAUAAUGAGUUAAGUGACCAAAAUAACAGUGACAACUCAAAAAGUAAACCAAAUAAAAGUGAUAGAAAUAUUGAAACUACACAAAAUAAUAGUAAAAUAAUUGAUAUUACUAUUGGCACAGAUGAGGCUAUUGAUUUAACGGAGACAGCGCAAAUAAAUGUCAAAAAUGAAGCAAAGAUUCCAGCUAAGAAAAAGCAGAGAAAUAUGGUUGAAAUUUGUAUUGAUACAAAUAAUCCUGUUAUUCCACAAGGCCAAGAUGAAAAGAAAGCUAACGGGAAAAGAAAAAAUUCUAUCCUUGCAGAAAGACUGGAGCAAAUGAAGACAGUUAAACUUAGCAAUGGAGUUUCACUUUCUAUGGAAUAUUAUCAGUGUGACCAUUGCCAAACAAAGUUCUGCACAAAAUCUUCUCUCCAGAGACAUAUGUUGAUGCAUCUGAAUUUACAACCAUACACAUGCCCGGAGUGCCCCAAUAGACAUUUCCGGCAGCGAGGAAACUGGAGGGCACACAUUCGCCGGAGACACCCACAACUCUUCAUAAAAAUUAAGUAUGAGUGCCUAGUUUGCAAAAAACCGUUCAUCUCGCUUGAAGAGUUAAAGCGCCAUAAAAAGGAGCAUGUAAAUAUGAAAAAGAAGCGAUUCACAUGUGUGUUUUGUGAGAAAGUCUUUAAAGAGAAGUCACUUUUGGCAGACCAUGAGAAACAUCACAUGUCACCGGGGCGAUACAAAUGCUCCAUGUGCUCUAUGAGCUACGAUUCCCGUACACUCUAUUCAGACCAUUUAAAAACGCAUGCAAAAGUGGAGGAUAAAUUUCAUUAUUCUUGCCAAUACUGUGGUAAAUCCUACUUAAGGCCCAGUUCCAUUGCAAGGCAUAUCCGAGUUAGCCACGGUGGCAUGAGGAUGCAGUGUCCAAUUUGUAAAAAAUUGUUGAAAGGGCAUCUAACUGAGCAUAUGCGGACACAUGAGAAUGAGAGACCGCAUGAAUGUGAUGUGUGCGGGCAGAAAUUCACUCAGUCGACCCAGCUGACGGUCCACAAGCGCUCCCAUACUGGUGCUAGACCAUAUCCCUGCCGAAUCUGUAAGCAACCUUUCUCACACUCUAACGCUCUAAUGCUCCAUAUAAGACGGCAUACUGGAGAAAAGCCAUUUGCAUGUGCUAUGUGCCCGCAAACAUUCUCUCAGCUACCACAUAUGAAGGCCCAUAUGCGCAGCAUACAUAGUAAAACUGAAUUCUACAAAUGUGCUAAGUGUAGCGCGUUCUUCAAGCUUAAGGCUCUACUAGAAGCGCAUGCAGAAGAAUGCGGGGCUGUCGAGAGCCUGAAGAAACCGGAAAACAAAGACAGCACGCUGGUGUCAAAAAUGAGGUUCCAUCUCGCUCUACUUUUCACUAUGAUCGCCUCUAAAGAAAAGCUGAAUGACCUAGGUUUCAACAAGCGACUCAUCGACGAUAUCCUCGUGGACUCGAUCGAGGCCAUGGGCUUAGCGCCCUGCAAAGACAAGAGUUUGCCUCCGUAUUCGCGUCUGAAGAUCAACGCGCUCAUGCUGCUGCAAGGUACCGUGCCUAAGCCACAGAUGGCGUUGUUCGUCAAGGAGGAGAAAACAACGGAGGAGAUAUUGGAGUUGCUGACUGAUGUUAUGAAUUAGUAGGUUACGGUGCUUGUUGAGUGUAUUAGCGUAAGGACGCUAAGCAAGAUGGGCCGCUUGUUCCUAUCUCUAUCGCACGCACGUAAUUAUAUUGGUGUUCCGCCCAUUAUGCGGGCGGUCAAUGCUACUGUGCAAGCGGGACACCAAUAUAAGUAUGGGAGUGCGAUAGAGAUAGGAACAGACGGGUCAAUGUACGAAAUUCUUCUUGCUUAGUGUCUUUACUUUAGAAGUUAGUGUCAUUCUCGUUCUGAUAUGACUGAGAAUAUUACAAAUUUGAUAAAUUCAAUAAUUAACAAUGCCACGGUAUGUUUAGCUACCUUAAGAGAGUACAACAUUUUCAAAACUAACUGUUCUGUUUGCUAGUUAUACUUAAUUUAAUUAUGAGUGUAAAUUAAUUUAAUAAGUGUAAUUAAUGAAGAGAAUUACGUUGGGUCAAGGCGGCAUUUGAAGUUUACUAAUUACAUUAUGUGUUUUUAUAGCCGAUUACACAAACGAUAAUUAUAAAAUCGUAAACAAUAGUAGAAUUAAAUAAAAAUCAGCGAUGUGAGCGUAUUGUGCAUCACAUAUAACUAUUUAAUUUAUAUUAUAUAAGCAUACAUUUUAAGACUAAUCCUAGCUAGCGACAAGACCAAAGCUUAGUGGAAGAUAUUAGAGAUAUAGAUAUUUUAACUUAUUGAUAUAUAAUUUAUAUAAUAAUAAUUAUGGUUGUACUGCAUGCUAGAGUAACAUAGCUAAUUAAAUAGUAAGGUAACGGUUUUAUUAAUAUUCUAAACUUUGUUUUUAUAUCCCACAUACUAAAGUAACAACGUUAAGUAAGAAGAAUUUCGUACAUUGACCUGCCUUUUCCUAUAUCUAUCGCACGCGCAUAAUUAUAUUGGUGUCCCGCUCACGCAGUGUCAUUGACCACCGGCAUCGAGACAGCAAUAUAAUUGUUACGCGCGUGCGAUAGAGAUGGACAGGCGGGUCAGUGUACGAAAUUCUUUGUGCUUUGAGUUAGAGUUACUUUAAAAUAACAGUUCGAUUUCCCAAUUUGUCCAAUCAAUCUGUCAUUUUAGUAUCUUAGAUAUAAAAAAUAGAGCGUAUUAUAACUUGCCAUGUGACUACAAAUUAAGUGAUUAGUCCAAAGAUGAUCGUCUUGCAUUUUAAUUAUUUAUUGUAGUUUUAAUAUUUUCAUUCCGACGUUUGAAUGAAUGUGCCAUUGUUUGUUAUUGGUAACUAUUUUAAUUAACUAUUACAAUAUUGAUAAUAUUGAUAUUUUAUUUUUAUCUAAUGAAUAAUUUUAUUAUUUUUUUGUAACGAUGGUUGAAUUUAAAUUGUGUAAAUUCUAAAUAAUGUUUUUAAAUUGAAAUACACGCAAUUAGUGGACGCUGAUGCGAUCUCAAAAAUCAACGUAUUGUCUAUGCUACACUUAAAACCAAAUUAACAAUUUUUCAUCACACUUGCUCGAAGAAGACCUUAUUUCAUGCAGGUGUACUGAAGGACAAAUUAGGCGUAGGUAUAUUGUUCCCACGGGAGUUAUGUAUGGUGAAAUAAAAGCUAUAACUUACUAGGGAGUUACACCAUUUUUUUUAUUAUGUUACGAAUUCAUACGAAUUAACUAGGUAUAAAUUAAUUUUCCUUUUAAAAUAUGUACUAACGUUUAUAUUUUCGUAUUUUUGUUUAUGCUGAAAAAUAUUUAAUUUGAUGAAUUUAAUAGCCGAUUAAAAAAAAAUACUUACACACAGGGCCGGAUUAACCCUAAGUCAAAGUAGGCAACUGCCUAGGGGCCCCGCCUCGGCUAGGGGGCCCCGGCGGCUCAGCUCGCACCAAAUAAAAUUAUGUUUCAUAGGGUCAAA